AUGACUGAGCAAUUCGACGAGGACUCGGGCGACUAUCCACUGGUCAUGCCAGGCCCUCAGUGGAAGAAAUUCAAACAAAACUUCGCCGGUUUCAUCACGUUGCUCGUGAACAAGUGUAAGGCGAGUUAUAUUUUCGAUCAACGACUCAUGGAUGGCGUUAUUCAAUUGUUGACCGGAUUAGCCGAUAGUCAAGUUCGUGCGUUCCGCCAUACAGCCACAUUUGCAGGUGCAAACGAUCGACUGGACGUGCUGAUCACGAAGAAGAGUGAGAUCGAUGACAAAACAGAAGAUGUUCGUCAAAUGCUGCAAUACAUCUUCAAGAGUGUUUUCGUACAUCGUUAUCGAGAUAUAGUGUCCGAUAUCCGAGGUAUAUGCAUCAGUGAACUGGGACAGUGGAUGCAGGUGUAUCCUGAGCACUUCCUCGAGGAUUCAUUCCUCAAGUAUAUCGGGUGGUUAUUGUAUGAUAAGGUGAGUGACGUUCGUCACAAAUGCAUACUCGCGCUUCUGCCGCUGUAUGAACGUACGGAAGUGGUUGCGAAGUUGGAACUGUUCACGAAUAAAUUCAAGGAUCGUUUGGUGAGUAUGGUGAUGGAUAAGGAUAAUGAAGUUGCAAUGCACGCUUGCCAGUUACUUACAGCUAUUUACAGGUUAUACUUUUUUUUGAGGUGA